AUGUCAUCUGAUCAAGCAGUGUAUGAUGAUGCUCUCACUCCUGAGCAAACUAGAACUUUACGUUAUUUUUCUGCUUCAAAGAGAGGACAAGUGUUGGAAAUUCAAGAAUUGUUGAAUGAAGAUUCCAAGUUUAAUGUUUUACAAUUGGACGAAUUUGGAAAUACUGCAUUGCAUUGGGCUGCUGGUGCUGGCCACCUUGAUUGUGUCAAGUAUUUGGUAGAAACUCUUAAAUUGCCACUCGAUAGUACAAACAAAUUUGGUGACACUCCACUUCACAAAGCUACAUGGAGAGGUGCUUUGGAUGUUGUGAAAUAUCUUGUUGAAAAGGAUGCUAAAUUGGAUAUUGUAAAUUCACAAAAUAAGAGACCUGUGGAUUUGGCUCAUCACUUGGAGGUGAAGUCAUAUUUACAAAGCUAUGAAGGAGAUGACGAAGAUUAUGAAGAAGAUGAAGAUGAGGAAGAGGAUUAA